AUGUCUGCGGGGCCUAUAUUCCAGCUAAGGAAAGAUCUAGAAGAGUCUAGUGAGGCAGGAAGCGAUGCCAAUUUGACGCAAUCGUUCGCUGAACAAUUUGAGAGCACAAACAAUGUUGAACAUUCUUUAACGUCGGGAUUUAGUAAUAAAAUUGUGUUCACAGAAAACAGCAAGUACACAGUGGAAAAACUGCCUGCAGAACUCCCAGCUGGAUUGCAAAACAGUGAAUCGGUUGACGGUCACGUGGACACAUUUUCGCAAAAUGCUCUGGUAAACAAUAGUGAUACGUUGUACAUGUGGGAUUUCGCAACAACACAGGUAAAUCCACCAGUCACACAUGUCCCACUCCAUGAAGAUCACGUAUUGCUAAGUUGUGUUCCUAAGAUUGUCGUCACGUGGCCAGCUGCACUUGAAGACAACACCAAUGACCGUUUGGGCAACGAUAAAACAACAGGUCCCGCGUCUGAAGAUUGCGGAAUCUGCAUCGUCAACAGAAAAUCAGGACUCAUUCAGUUUUAUGAGGACGUUAGUUCGAUCAAUAAUUUGUCGUCGCGUAUUUCGCGGACAAAAUGCCAUGAAUAUAAGCUGGCUCUCAAGGACGCAGAAGACGUGGUAGACGUUGUGAAUGCAGAACCAGCAGGUAUUCUUGUUUCGACGUCUCGCGGCAGACUUCUUUUUGUCACUCUUCGUGACUAUAUGGGUAAACCAUGCUUGAACUUAAAAAUGCAAAUGGUGAAAUCGUCAUUUGCAUCGUUCUUUUCCGCCUCAAAAACCAAAAAAAUACAGUCUAUCAAAUCGGGGCCUAUUCUUGGGAAGGGGGAGAGGUCGGUCACGGUCAUGACUAGCAAUGGGGACUUUACGGUGUGGAACAUCUCCGCGGUAGCCAAUUGCUACAAGAGAAAUGAAUUUAACUUAUAUGAUCAAAUUCUAGACUCCUUGAAAGAACUAUAUCCGUGUGCGCAUAACUCUUUGACGCUGUUAGACUCUCAUCCUUUAAGUGAGGACAACAUGUCUCACAUGAUACUUUCUUCAAUUACAGAUUACGACGGAGCUUGCUAUUACAUUCUGAGCACUAUAAAGUUGGACGAGCACACUAAUGGGUUCAUGAUCUUUUCAACCUAUAGGCUGAACACUUACACGAUGGCUACCAGCGAAAGUGCUUUUCCGAGACUUUUGAUACCUCUCGAAGCCGAUUCGACGAAAGCGCCCAUGACCUCAGUAUACACGAUAUUCAAAAAUUGCGUGGUUCUGACACAAGUUAGUUCCACACUUGAUCAAAGCUACUCUUUGAAAAGAAAAUGGGAGGACAUCAUUUGCUUUCGCGAAGACGCCCAAAUUUUUGGGUAUGGAAUGGACUCUAAAUCGGUUUACUUAAUGAGCAGGAAUAUGGGUGUAUUGGCAAUUACCGCUACGCAGCAUAGUAACCCUGCGAGCUUGCCAGAGGGGAGAUUCAUCAAGUCGCAUAUUGACCAGAGCGUCUAUUUCUCCAACCUUGACGAUACACCAAUCGACUUCAACCUUCCACCAAACAUUUCCUUAGAAAGGGAAGAGAUCGAAGAGGACCUUUUAUUGUCAGCAAAUGAGAUUCUUCUGUCCAAGUCAAACUAUGUUCCUCCGAUGCUUCAAUCAAUAGAGAGGCACGUAAGCUUGCGAGCCGAGCUCUAUCGAAGUCUUUUACAAUUUACAAAGGCGAACUUCCUUAACAGAAUAUCACCUGGCGUCAAAAUCAAGUUGAUUGAAAACUUUGAGAUUUUGAACGCCGCAAGAGAGCUUCUUUUGUCAAUCAGAGACUCCCAGGAAUUGGCUGAUUGCUGGCACAAAGCUAUCAAACUCGAAAGGCUCGAUGAAGAAACUUUUUUCAAAAGCCAACUUGAUACUUUUCCCAAAAUUUUUUCCACGUUUUUGCAAGAGAUGCAAUCCUCUUUACUUGCAUCUGCAAGCGGCUCAGAUUCAUGGCUUUCAUGUUUUAAGGUCGUCAGAGCGUGCUUGUUAAAGGCAUCUUUUCAGGAAGGUGAGGAGGCUUACCGUUUUGGCGAUUUUCGAAUGAGCAAAUUUGAGCAGGGUACUUCGCCGCCUUGGUAUAUUCAACAUGGUAUUCCUCUUAUUUUAGGCGAGGUGUUCAGAAAACUUAGCCACUUCAAGCCCGAUUCAGAAAGCUCCUCUGAUCAAGGCGAAAAUCUUCUUUCACUGGCAAAAAUACUAUACUACUCAUGCGACCAAGCAUCACUUUGGCUUGAAAAUGAUGUUAUGCAAGUAUCGACUUCCGAAGUAAAAAGCAUUGCUAGUCUUUAUGAGGAAAACAGGCUAUUUUGGAACCAGACCUUGUGCGCCGCCGGAAAAACACAAGAAUCCUUGCAGAUUACGGAAUUUUAUGGAGAUCUGGCUUCUCUGGCAGCGACACUUGGCACACUGCCGAACGCCGAGUCUGCGGACCUGUACUCCCAGUAUUUUGAAAAAUUCCAAUAUGCUUUUGCUGCUGAAGUGUUCAGUAACUACAUCGCCAACGGUCGCAUACAGGAUUUGUAUGAGAGGUUUCCGAUGCAAAAAGAAUCUUUACGACAGUUCUUCGACCGGAACCCUCGCUAUGCGAAGUAUGGUUGGAUGUGCAAAGUGUUUGACAACCAGUACCUCAUGGCGUCGAAAGAUUUGGUGAAUAUUACCGCCGGUCCAAGUAAGGGACCUCAUAGCCUGAACGCUGAUCAAACAAUGCUAAGCGUGGCAAAACUAUGCACUUUGGCCAACGAAAAUUCAUCAGACGUUGAUACACUCAAAAACAUUCAGGCGGAGUUGGAUGUUGUUGAUGGUCAGAAAGAUCUGGCUUCAUCGAUUGAACAAGGUAUAGGGAUUCGUGAUCAUUAUCAAGGCUCUGCUCUUGAGAAACUAUUUGAAAUUCUAAAGACCAACAUACAGAAUUCUCAGAGACUACACUUGGCAGGAGUCAUUGAAAUGUUUACGCUCAUCCAAGACCGAAGCGGAUUCUUCAAAGCCACAAAAAUUCUAUCUUUGAAUAAGGACUCUGUCAAUUACGAGACCUACGCAUUUUUGCACGCCAUGAUUUGGAGAAGAUGUGCACUUCGAGACAACUGGAAGGACAAUGUCGACGAGACAGAAUCUUCUCUUUUCUUCACAAUGCGUAGAUGUUUCAAUGAACAAAUUUUUGAGGUGGGGACAAUUUUGCCAAACCUUGAUCUGCUCAAGGACCGCACGGCUCUGAAUUCGGCAUACUUCGAAGCCAACUAUAGCCCACUAAACGCAGAUGCGAAUAACUUGCUGGAGACUGCUCUUCAGGAAGAGAAAGAAAUCGAAGAUCUGGGCCCCGAAUUUGGUUCAAAGUUAGCAUCUGUGGUAGCGGCCGCCAACGAAAGCAGCGAACUCAAAUGUGUCAUCAAUUAUGAGACAAAUCGGAUCGAGGACGCAGCUAGAAAAUAUUAA